UUAAACAAUUCAAAUAUUAUUUCGAUCAUGUAUAUUAUAAUAGGUCUCUUAAUAUUAGCUGUUAUAGUUGGUUUAGCCUUUGCCGUAUAUUAUUCAUCAGAGAAGCAAAAUGUUUACACCGAUUUGAAAGGUAAACAUGUAGUUGUGACCGGAGGAUCCAGUGGCAUUGGCAAAGCUGCAGCAGCAGAAGCAGCCAGGUUGGGAGCCCACGUCACAAUUAUUGGUCGAGAUGUUAGCAAACUGACCUCUGCAGUUACUGAGAUAGUCGCAAAAUGUACUGAUAAAGAGCAAAAGAUACAAUUUGCGGCCUUAGAUGUAACAUCAGAUUACAACGCGAUAUCAAAAUGUUUGUCUGAAUUAGAAACUUCUGUGGGUCCAAUUUUUAUGCUAAUCAAUUCUGCCGGAAUGUGCAUUUGUGGAGAAUUCGAUAAAAUGAAGGUUGAGGAUGUUAAACAAAUGAUUGAUUUGAAUUACUUUGGUACGGCAUAUCCUACAAGGUAUGUUUUACCUGGAAUGAAGCAGAGGCGCGAAGGGAUCGUCGUAUUUGUAGCAUCAGAGGCUGCAUUGCUUGGCAUUUAUGGCUACAGUGCCUACAGCGGUGGAAAGUGGGCAGUUCGAGGCUUAGCUGAAACUCUAUUCAUGGAGCUGUUAGGCACAGGUGUGCGCCUGACACUUGCCUUCCCGCCAGACACAGACACCCCUGGACUGAAGAAUGAAAACUUGACAAAGCCUAAGGAAACUUUGCUUAUAUCUGGGAGUGGUGGGUUGCAGUCAGCGGACAUGGUUGGCAAGAAAAUGGUCCAUGAUGCUUUGACUGGAAGAAAGUAUUCAGUGUUCGGGUUCAGCGGUAACUUAAUGUCUCUUCUAUUCUGCGGAUCCAUAGACAGCUUGAGCCAGAUACUGGUGCAAAUAUCCUGCUUGGGGAUUCUACGGACCAUCAUGGUUGGUGUGUUGUUGUCCUUUCACAAAAUAGUCUGGGAUGGCUUGAAAGAGAAAAAGGAGACUCCAAAGAGUAAAUAAGAUAAGUCUCAACAUUAACACUAU